UUUAUCGGUAUGAUCUUUUUUAAAGAGAAGAUUUGAUUUUGCUUUUUUUACAUUAUACAUUGUGUAUUUUUGUUUAUUCAAUGAUAAUCAUUUUUAACAUAUCCUAGAGUAAAUACCAAUUAAAAUCGAAAGGGAUUAAAAUACCAUUGUUCAUUGUUAAUCAAAUGAUUACUAAUGAUCUGUUUGGAAAUGAAUUUUCUAAUGUCUUGAUGAGAUAAUUAAACUUUUGGAAUCAAGAUGACAAUCAAGUUGAUAAUUCAAUGAGUCUGGACAAGUUUCCUGAUUUGGAAUCUGAAGAAGCGUAUCUCAAUAGUCGUUUAAAAGAAUUAGAAAAUGAAAUGAAAUCUGAACUAGAACAUUUGAAACAAAUUCAACAAAUUAAAAGUGACUCCUUUACAGCUAAUUCAAAUUAUCAACUACAUUGUUGGCGAUCUUUGUUGAAUAUUGAACAAAUAAACCUAACCGCAAGAUAUUUUAAUGAUGAAUAUAAAGUAAGACCUCAGUCUGCUGUUGAGCGACGUUCAAAUUCCGGAAAACUUUGUGAUAGAACUAAGUUACUUGAAAAAAAUCUCGGCUAUUAUUUUGGUUUACCUGAUGGGGCGAGAACAAGCUGUUGGGGAGAUGACAGUUGUUUACAGAAAAAAACUGAGACAGUUGUCACUAAUACAGAAAACUAUUCAAGGUGUAAAGUCGAAGAAGUUGGCAGACUAUCGGUUGUUGAAGUUUCUGCCAAUGCUGCCAACUUCACUGUCCCAACUAAACCGACCAAAGAUGAUAAGGCUUCUCGUCCUGGUACCUCAAUUUCUUUGAAACUCCAGCUAGCCUAUGGUGUUGGUGAGACAUGUCACUCCCCGUCUUUGGAGUUAAGCGACUUAAAACAGUUGGGUAUGGAGUCUGUGACUAAUCAAUGUCCUGCUGUGGCGAUUGGUUCGUCUACAUUUCAAAAUGUUUGUGAUGAAGUUGAUAGGUCAGUUGUAGAAGUAUCUAAUAUUACUGGCAAUCACUAUGUUAAAACUGAGCAAACUGGUGAGAAAGCAGUUUGUUUUCUUGAUCCUUUGGCUGCAGCAGCAAUAGCGUUGUCUGAUGACAAUGAUUCAACCUAUGAAUUCACAUCUAUGACAUCUUGUGCUGCUCAAACAUUGCAUGAAAAUGUGAGAAAUGAUGUCAUUUCAAUACCGGAGAUUUCUUUAUCUGGAUCAGAAAACUGCAACAGCAACUUUUUGAGGUUGAACAAGUCUUUACAGAUUGAACAAAGUGAAGAAUCAACUCAAACAACUAAUCUAAUGGAAUAUAUUCAUAAACAAAUUAUUCAUUUAACAUCACGUAAUACCAAUCUUAAAACACAACCAUCUAUUGUUACGAAUGAAUUAAGCUGUCAAGCAGUCUGUCUCAACUUUUUCAAUGUUAAAUUUGGAAUAACAAAUUUCAGUAGUAUUUCAACAUACUUCACUUUUUUAAAGUUUCUAAUAAUAAAUGAAUGUGAUCUGAAAUCAAAUGAUCUUAAAGGUAUAACUCAACUAAAUAAUCUGGAAUUUUUAGAUGCAAGUAAAAAUAAUCUUAAUGGUAUGAAUCUAAAUGAAAUGAAUUUAUCCAAAUUAACUAUAUUGAAAUUAGCUCAUAAUAAAAUGACAAGACUUUCAGAUAUAAUGGGAUACUUUCCUAAUCUUUUAAUGUUAGAUAUUUCAUCGAAUUAUAUUACAAAUUUGGAUAUACAAAAGUUGGUCAUUUCAUUUCCUAAACUUUAUCAACUUACGGCAACAAGUAAUCUUAUCACAAAUAUACAAAUAAAACCUUCAAAUACAAAAUGGACUAAUGAAAAUCUUAAUUUGUUAGAUUUAUCCGACAAUGAAUUAACUGUUAUUGAUGAAGACUUAACAUCUCUGUUAAAUAUCACUAGGUUACAAUUAUCUUCAAAUACUUUAAAUAAGCCAUUUCAAACUGGAUUUUAUGGCGCUACAUUACAAGAACUGGUCUUAGAUCAUAACAAUUUAACCUCAAUAAACUGGUUAAGUGAAAGUUGGUUACCAAAUCUCAUUUAUUUGAAUGUAAGCAAUAACAGGAUAAUUGAUUUACCUAUGCUGCCGUUUCCAUUAUUACAAAAGCUUAUAAUCAGUCAUAAUUUGAUAAAUGAAAUUGAGUCUGUCUUCAGAGGAACAAAGGUUUUACCACGUAAUUGUAUGCUAGAUAUCCGAUGUAAUCCUUGUACACUGCGUUUGAAUUUUAUGGAAACUAUCAAAGAAAAGUUUCCAAACACAAUAAGCACUUCUAAUCAAGAUAGUGUUUUGACAAGGACAAUAUUUCAAAAUCAUGAAUUCCAAGCUACUGUUUUCAGUGAAAGUAUUUGUCAGUGUUCACAAUGUAUUCGUUUGAGAAUGUCAUGUGAGCAAUACUACAAAGAAUAUCAAAAAUGCGCAAACUGUCUGGACUUAACAUUUAAACGUAUCAACGAUGCAAUUAGGAAUCAUGAAUUACUGUGUCUUGAUAAGCCAAUUUCAAAUAGUCAUGUAUUAUGUCACUUAAAUUCGAACAAUAAUCUUCACUUGAAAAAUCAGCUUGUUCAUUUUAAUAAUCAAAAUAUUAUACUCAAUAUUUUUUCAAAAGAAAACCAAUGCUCACUAAUAUAUCACUAUAUAGAUCUGAUUGAAGAGAUAACCAUAUUGAAGAGAAAACAGAUUGAUUUAUUGAAGUUGUUUUGUCAUGAAAUGAAUAAUACAGGGUCAAUGAAUGAUACGAAAAAUGAUUUUCAGUAUAAAGUUCCUAUCAAAGAAAUUAUCCAGCAUUUUGUAAUGUAUAAGAGUUCUUCAAUUUAAAAUAAUUGAAGCCAUGUCAUACGCUGUGUAAUUGUAAAUUUGAGUCAGGCUAAAAUUUACAUGUAUGGAAUUGAUAACAAUAUCUGUUACGUCAUUAAACAUAAACUUUCUAUUUCUUUACCGUUAAACAUAAUAUUUUACGAAGAUUUUUCUUUUAAUGUACAGUUUCGUUGUUAUGUGAUUUUCAAAUUGUUUUAAAAACGUAUGACGGACAACAAAAAUAAAAAAAUACUUUCUACAUGGAAGCAUGAAUAGUUCUGAAAUUUCUUUCUUUUAACACAUACUAUUGAUUUCUAAUCAGUAACAUAAUGGAAAGCAAAUAAAAAAGAAAAGUUGGGGAGAAAAUUUCCGUAUUUAAGAUAAAACUCGAUACAUAGUAAAAAAAAUACUGCUUUAGAGUAUUUUAUUCAUAAAUAAACUUCAUCAAAAAUGAUUUAUUUUUAUGGAUUUUGCCUGUGGAGUCUCAUAAAGGAUAACAAUGACUAAAGUUUGAGCACUUUAUACCAAGCAUUAUACAUUAGGCGGAUUAAAGUAAUCAAUAGUAAAUCUUAAGUGACAACUCAUUUCCAAUGCAUAGAGAAAUUUCUAACUGCCUCUCUAGCCAAGAAUUCUCUGUGUACAUUAUGCAUCAUUUCAAUGAGGGGAUAUAUUAUUAUUGGAAACUUAUCUCUCUGAUGAUUUUAAGUAAUAUGCUAAGACCAAAGCCAUCCUAUUUUGAAUGUAAAUUUCUGUAACAUAAUCCUGUUAGCUUGAAUCCAAAAACGUACUUAGUGUAGUA